GGAAGUGUGUUGCUGCAGCUGGUGGAGCACAGACACGCUGCCGACCAGCCGGGAAACCGGUUGCUUGGUCAAGUUUGAGCUGCAACAUUAACCGGCAGUUCUUCAGAAGCACUUCAAGGCUGGCUUUUCACAAGAUGGCUCCGACUAACGUCAUUCAUCGAAAGUCUUCAGAAGCGGGGUGCGGAUGUCCACUAGAGUCCGAGCUGCGAGCUGUGCUGCAGCAAAAGAUCAUGGUCCUGGACGGUGGUAUGGGAACCAUGAUCCAGCAGCAUAAGCUUGAAGAGGAAGAUUUCAGGGGGGACGAGUUUAAAGGGCAUCAUCUUCUACUGAAGGGCAACAAUGACCUUCUCAGUAUCACACAGCCCGAUAUCAUCUACAAUAUACACAAGGAGUACCUGCUGGCUGGAGCUGACAUCAUAGAGACCAACACAUUCAGCAGCACUUCCACUGCCCAGGCAGACUAUGGACUGGAACACAUGGCUUACCGCCUUAACAAGGCGUCAGCGGAGCUGGCGAGGAGGGCAGCCGACGAAGUCACCAAACAAACGGGUUGUAAACGCUACGUGGCCGGGGCAGUGGGUCCCACCAAUAAAACCCUGUCUGUAUCCCCGUCUGUGGAGAAACCAGACUUCAGGAACAUCACAUUUGAUGAGCUUGUAGAAGCCUACUCAGAGCAGGUCAGAGGUUUAUUAGAUGGAGGAGCCGACAUCCUACUGGUUGAAACCAUCUUUGACACUGCCAAUGCUAAGGCUGCCUUGUUUGCCAUAGACCUGCUGUUUGAAAAGGGCUACGAAAGAAAACCUAUAUUAAUCUCAGGGACCAUCGUUGACAGGAGUGGACGAACUCUGUCCGGUCAGACAGGAGAAGCCUUUGUAGUGAGCGUGUCUCAUGCUAAACCUCUGUGUAUUGGCCUGAACUGUGCCUUGGGGGCGACAGAGAUGAGGCCGUUCAUUGAAGCCAUAGGAAAAAGCACCACAGCUUUCAUUAUCUGUUAUCCCAAUGCAGGUCUUCCCAACACAUUUGGAGGAUAUGAUGAGACUCCACAAGUUACAGCUUCCAAUUUAAAGGAGUUUGCUCUGGAUGGGCUUGUGAAUAUUGUGGGAGGCUGUUGUGGGACCACUCCAGGACACAUCAGAGCCAUAUCUGAAGCAGUCAAACACUGCCAGCCAAGAGUUCCUGCUGGUGAUCUUUAUCAAGACUACUUGCUGCUCUCAGGGUUAGAGCCAUUCAGGAUCGGCCCUUACACCAACUUUGUCAACAUUGGCGAGCGCUGCAACGUGGCUGGAUCACGCAAGUUUGCCAAACUGAUCAUGGCAGGAAACUAUGAGGAGGCUCUAAGCAUUGCUAAGGCCCAGGUGGAGAUGGGGGCCCAGGUCCUGGACAUAAACAUGGAUGAGGGGAUGCUGGAGGGGCCAACAGCUAUGACCCGAUUUUGUAACUUCAUUGCUUCUGAACCAGACAUCUCCCGGGUUCCUCUGUGUAUUGACUCCUCUAACUUCUCAGUGAUUGAGGCGGGGUUGAAAUGCUGUCAAGGGAAGUGUAUAGUCAACAGUAUCAGUCUGAAGGAGGGAGAGGAGGAGUUCCUGCUCAGAGCUGCCACUGUGAAGCGCUACGGAGCUGCUGUGGUGGUCAUGGCCUUCGAUGAGGAAGGACAGGCCACAGACACAGAGCGUAAAGUGGAGAUCUGCACUCGGGCCUACAAGCUGCUGGUCAACAAAGUGGGAUUUGACCCCAACGACAUCAUCUUUGACCCCAACAUCCUCACCAUCGGUACAGGCAUGGAGGAACACAACGAGUAUGCCGUGAACUUCAUGAGAGCCACCAAACUUAUCAAGGAGACAUUACCAAGAGCCAGGGUAAGUGGAGGACUGUCCAACCUGUCCUUCUCCUUCCGAGGGAUGGAGGCCAUCAGAGAAGCUAUGCAUGGAGCAUUUCUCUACCACGCUAUCAGGGAUGGUAUGGAUAUGGGGAUAGUGAAUGCUGGGAACCUGCCAGUCUAUGAUGACAUAGAUAAAGAGCUGCUGUUACUGUGUGAAAACAUCAUCUGGAACAGAGACCCUGAUGCUACUGAGAAACUACUGGCCUACGCACAGAACAAUGUGAAAGGAGGGAAGAAGGUUGUUCAGACGGAUGAGUGGAGAGAAGGAAGUGUGGAGGAAAGGUUGGAGUACGCUCUCAUUAAGGGAAUAGACAAGUAUGUGGUGGAGGAUGUGGAGGAGUGUCGGGCUAAUGUUGCCCGCUACACUCGACCCCUUCACAUCAUUGAGGGCCCUCUGAUGAACGGCAUGAAGGUGGUGGGAGAUCUCUUUGGAGCUGGGAAGAUGUUCCUGCCACAGGUGAUCAAGUCGGCUCGUGUGAUGAAGAAGGCGGUGGGCUACCUGAUUCCUUUCAUGGAGAAGGAGAGAGAAGAGUCGAUGGCAUCAUCUGGGUCAACUGAGGAAGUGGAUCCUUAUCAGGGCACCAUAGUUCUUGCUACAGUGAAGGGAGACGUCCAUGAUAUUGGCAAGAACAUCGUAGGUGUGGUGCUGGGUUGCAACAACUUCAGAGUGAUCGACCUAGGUGUGAUGGUUCCCUGUGAUAAGAUCCUCAGAGAGGCCAUCGUACACAAAGCAGAUAUCAUUGGUUUGUCUGGUCUCAUCACCCCCUCUCUGGAUGAGAUGAUCUAUGUGGCCAAAGAGAUGCAGAGACUAGGAAUCACAACACCGCUGCUGAUUGGAGGAGCCACCACAUCUAAGACACAUACAGCAGUGAAGAUCGCCCCUCGCUACAGUUGUCCUGUUGUCCAUGUUCUGGAUGCCUCUAGGAGUGUGGUGGUGUGCUCGCAGCUGCUGGAUGACACAAUGAGGGAAGAGUACUUUGAGGAGCUGAAAGACGAGUAUGAGGAGAUCAGGCAGGAUCACUACGACUCACUGAAGGAUCGUCGGUAUCUGUCUCUUUCCCAGGCCAGAGAGAAGGCUUUACAUAUAGACUGGCUCGCUCUGCCCAAGCCAUUGCGUCCUCAGUUCCUGGGCACCCGUGUGUUUGAGUGGUACGACCUGAACCGUCUGGUGGACUUCAUUGACUGGAAGCCUUUCUUUGAUGUGUGGCAGCUGAGAGGGAAAUACCCCAAUAGAGGGUACCCCAAGAUCUUCAAUGACAACACUGUUGGUUCGGAGGCUCGGCGAGUCUUCGAUGAUGCCCAGCGGCUUCUCAGCCAGGUGAUUGGCAAAGGCAGCCUGAAGGGGCAGGGUCUUGUGGGGUUCUGGCGUGCCCAGAGUGAUCGUGAUGACAUCAAUGUGUACAAAGAUGAUGUCACAGUGCACAGAGACACCAAGCCCAUCGCCACAUUCCAUGGCUUACGGCAACAGGCUGAGAAAGACAGCUCCAGUUCAGAGCCCUACCUGUGUCUGUCAGACUUUGUUGCCCCUGUAGACAGCGGUGUAGCAGACUACAUCGGUGUGUUUGCUGUGGGUGUGUUUGGAGCUGAGGAGCUGAGUCAGGAGUUCCAGGAUCAGGGAGACGACUAUAGCAGCAUCAUGAUCAAAGCCCUGGCUGACCGACUGGCUGAGGCCUUUGCUGAGGAGCUCCAUGCUCGUGUGCGUAAGGACCUGUGGGGCUACAGCUGUGACGAGGCUCUGCAGGCCUCAGACCUCCACAGAGUUCGAUACCAGGGCAUCAGACCUGCAGCUGGCUACCCGAGCCAGCCUGACCACACAGAGAAGACCACCAUAUGGAGCCUGGCUGGGAUCCAGGAGAAGACAGGUAUUUGUCUGACGGAGUCUCUGGCCAUGACGCCUGCUGCCUCAGUGUCUGGACUUUACUUCUCCCACCCUCAGGCUUCAUACUUCGCUGUGGGAAAGAUCACCAAGGAGCAGGUGGAUGACUAUUCCAGGAGGAAAGGGAUGAGUGUGGAGGAGAUACAGAGAUGGCUGGCUCCUGUACUGGGUUAUGACAGUGAAGCUUAGAGUGUGACCGCUCCAGCAGUAAACUGGGACACAGAGGGGUCAGAGCAGGGCACCACCAGCCCAGAAUUUACAGUCCAACCUUUCUUCUAUAGCUCACACAGGUUCUUACUGUGGCUGCUUACACAGGGAUUCACUGAUAUCUCGUAGUAUAAGCCUUAACGUUUUACUGUACAUUGUUAAGAAAGGGUCUUUGACCAUCUCACUACAGUUAAACACUACGCACACACAAAUACAUUGUGUUUAAGGAUUAUGUUGUCUGUUAAAUGUAUUCGCUGUUUAUUGAUGGAGUGAUUCUUACACACAAAGUGAAAACUAAAUGGUGUUAUAUCACAGUCACAUGUGUCUUCAGUGGCGCUGCAUGAUCAAGCUAAAAUGGUUAUGUGUUUAUUUGUAUACUCAUCUCUGAGCUGGGUAUCUUUCAAAGUCAGUCAAUAUCUGUGCCAACAUAAUGACUGACUUUUGGUGACACCUUGAUUUGCUGAUUCUAGAAACAUUUAAAAAGAUGUUUUCCUUUUACUAAAAUGAAGUAAACUUCUAAUGUAAGUAUUUCUGUUACCUUAAAGGGAUAGUUCAGCCUUUAGGAAAAUGUGCUGAUUUGCUUCUUUCUGAGUAUAAUGAGGAGAUUAAUAUCAGUCUCAUUUCUGUGUGUAAAGUACAGAGCUGGAGUCAGGAUGUAAUUGAGCUAACUUAGCAUAAAGCCUGAAAGCAGAGGAAAACAGUUUGUCUGGCUGGGCCAAAGUUCAAAAACACACCUAACAAAGGUGCUAAAGCUCACCGAUUAACCGAGUAUCUCCUUCUCUAAAUAAGUGCACAAACAGAAAUGUGAACGAACAACAGUUUAUCCAUCUGACCUGUACUCGUGUGUAACAUCUCUGCCUAUAGCAUUUUUGAACCUCGGUUUGGCAACCUCACUGUGACAACUAGACUCCAUGAACAAGCACUGCACCUGCUUGUGAUUUUGUUAGUGAGCUCUUUGUAAAUGUAUUUUUGUACUUUGGAAAGAACCAGGCUUGCUGCUUCCCCCCCCCCGCUGCCAGAUUGUGAUUGUGAUUAAAGUCAGGAAAUCUGAUCAGACAAUUAGUAAAAAGCACUUAAAAUCUGUUUGUAUGUUCAGUGCCAAAUUUCGAUAUGUGACAGUUUUCAGUUACAUUUUUAUACUUGGUGGUACGGACCUGUUCAUUCGCCUCAAAAAGUAUGGAGGUACAGCACAGUAAAUACUACAACAUUACCUCAACAAUAGCCACAUGUAUAAAACCAAACUAAUUACACUACAACCAUGCAGUAAACCUUGGACACAUGGGGAAUUUAGGACAUUAUAAACAACAUACAGUUUAGAUUCGUAUGUGAAAGUAAAAGUUUAGAUCCAUACAAAUUGUAUUUUCUUGUUGUGUAAAGGUUUUAGCAUUAUCAACAUUUGCAUGUAGGCUGGAGUGUACUAGCUUAAUAGCUAACACAUUUUUUAGCUUACUAAUGUUGAUUAUUUAAGUCACCUUGAAAAUCAUUUAUAAAGUCAAAGUUUUGAUUAAAAUUAUGUACAGCUGUCACUUGAAUGUAACUUUUUAAUAACAAACCAAACAGCUAUUUGCUGCAGGUGCAUGGCUGUCAUAAGCGACAAAUAAUAAUUUACAACCAAAGAAAGGGUUACAGUGAACAGUGCUCUAUGCUUGGUUGUAAAGACUUAAGUGAAAUAACCAGUGUUAUUAAAGUCUCAUCCUCAAAUGAUUAAAGUGGUAAACUGGGUAAACCCUUUGUAACAUCUGUGUUAUCAGCAUUUUAUGUUCUCAGUGUCGACGUCUUGUUGACAUUUUACUGUGUAUUAUCAGUGUUUUAUUGUGUGUACUAUUCAACAUAUGUACUUAUUCCAAGGUCCUGGAAAGUCUUCACAUGGGACAGAAUGACAGCAAUCAACCAGGUUAAAACUGAAAUGCAUUUCACAUGUGUCUUAAAAGCCCUGAUGUGCUGCAGUGGCUGAUCUUUGAUUGUAUGAGACUUUGUUUUGUAAUCCAUUUUACUUGCAGUAAAAAAAGAAAGUGUGGAUAAAUGAUGGUGGCAUUGCAAACACUGUAAAACAGGAGCGAAAGAACAGUGCAAUUUUGUUAAAUAUAUCAUUUCAACAUA